AUGGCGGGGCUGCCACUGCCCAAGACAAGCCCAGAUCUCAAGCUUCAACCACCAUUCAACUUUUACUUGCGGUCCAAAGGUCAGUGCCUAAAGCUCAUCUCCUCGGCACUGGCCAAAGGCCAUGUCACGCUGGGAGACAAAUCCAUACUCAUCGCAGUCGUGCUUCUCAUAAUUCUCGAUGUUUUCGAGAAUGGCUCUGGUACCUGGACUUUGCAUCUGGAAGGGGCUAAAAGGCUGCUCGACGCCGGAAUCAUGGCUGGUAACUCUGAAUGGGACAAUUGUGCCAGGAACCUUCUACAAGAGGCUGCCAUGUUCCAAACAUUCGGUUCUUCCCUUGGAAAACCGGGGGCACUAACCAGCGCGUCCACGCUCCCAGCUUCAUGGGCAACAGGGACCUCGACCAUUACGCCGGUUGGGUGCCCGGUCGAAAUCUUGUCAUCCGUCGAGGUCUUUGCAUCUCAGCGGCGUUUUGAGUCAAUUUUCUCCACACUAACGACAAAUAUCAAGAUUCUCGAAGACACCCUACAGCUAAUUCGUUCCUACGACACAUCAGCUUGGGCUAAGCGCACGGAGGAAAUGGAUCGCGUGCUAAGAUAUGAGGAUUUAUUGCACCUCGGCAAUAUCUGGAAGCUUGCGGCUGAUAUGUAUGCCUGCAGCGUCAUAUGCAGCUCUAUAGAGAGCGCUACGACUGACUUCCAUCCGCCUUCUGUCUAUACAAUCAGAGAAGAAUACAAAUUCUUUGAGCGAAAGGGUGAUGGAAUCAUGAAGUGUUUGAUUUGGCCCACGUUUGUCGUCGGCGCAGCAAGCGUGUCACAUGAAGAUCGGGCUUGGGCAGCAAGAACUCUGGACCGAAUCUGGAAUCUAGGCCACUGUGCAAACACUACGAACGCGACCCGGAUUCUGGAGAUCCUGUGGGGGAAACACGAUCGGGCGCAGGCUGUAUCUGACGAUCACGCCUGCUGGAAUUGGAUCAGUGAGCUGUCGCAAUUGCAAGGUUCGUGGUUGUUUGUUUAG